AUGCCCCGCGCCGAACAGCCUGACCCCCCGUUCGUCUCGCGCCUGCCCACCGCCGUGCCCAGAGACAGGCGGAGCGCAGGACCCAGCGGAAAACCCGCCAGGAGGGAGAGCGGGGUCCCAGCUAGGAGCCCUGCGCAGCCCAACACGUCACGGAGGAAAUCCACACAACAAGGACGCUUCUUUAAAAAUCUGCUCUACGGGAAGAACACAAAACAAAAACCUGACCUCACAGCGCGAUACGCCAGUCCCCCAGGCCACAGUGGAAUAGGCUCUCCACAGAAGAAAAACACAAGGUUACCGGGCCCCUCCUCCAGAGUCCCUGCUGCGGGCAGUGGGGCCUCCAGGAGCCCCUCCAACCUCAACCGCCGCAGCCUGAGCUUCAACAGCAUCGACAAGAGCAAACCUCUGCAGUAUGCCAGCGGGAACGAGAGAGACUCGGUGCGGUCCAUCCCUGUGUCCGGCGGUCUGAAUGGGAGCUCUCUCUCUGGCUCCCUCUCCCCCAGUCUGAGCGGUCAGCAGCUGGCCUCCUCCAUCCCCUCUCCCACCUCCUCCAAGUCCUGGAGAAGCAAAUCCAUGAACCUCAAGCACAGCGCCACCUCCUCCAUGCUGGCCAGCCCCACGCACCCCUCCCCGCAGGACGCCGGGCUCCAGGCCGGGGUGGGCACGGCCGGACCUCCCCCUCAGAGGUCCAUGCUGGAGAAGUUCAGGCUGAUCACGCCCCGAGCGGGUUCCAGAGUGUCCCCGUCUGUGGUGGAGAUGGCUCUGCAGGAGGAGGACGAUCUGUCGGAGUACGGAGACGAGGGAAGCACGCCGACCAGCACGGCUCCAGCCAAGCAGCCCCCUCCCAAGACCCAAACAUCCUCCAUCGCCGCUCCAACCAAAACCUCCUCUUCAUCAUACUCCAAGUCCAACGGCAGCAGAACCACGGCGCCCUCUAAGGACAAGGAAGAGAAGAGCAAGUCCUCGAAAACCUCUAAAGACCCCUCCUCCUCUUCCUCCGCCUCUCCCAAAGACGAAGCCUCCUCGGAAAACUGCAAAAAGAGCUCCAAAAUCGGCAGCUUUAUCCCCAAGGGCGGAAAGACGUCAUCAGCCAAGAAAGAAACCAGCACCUCCACAGCGCCCUCGAGCGGCAUCCCCAAACCGGGCCUCAAAGCGCCCACUGCGAACUCGAGCAAGACUCAAAACCAACCGCAAGCCUUAAAUAGUAGCGGGAACAUCCGAGGAGGAGGAGGAGGAGGAGGAAGUGGAAGCGGAGGAGAAGGGGCAAAGCUGAGCAAAGGCGGGCAGAGUGGUAGUUUUUACAUCCAGAGGUCCAUCGGGGGUCCGGAGGGCAAAAGAACCAGUCUAACCUCGUCCACCAGUACCUCGGCGCUGUCCGGGUCUGGGGCGGGAGGAGGAGGAGGGGCAGGAGGAGGAGGAGGAGGUGGGGCAGGUCAGGGGGGUAACGGAGUGGUCCAACUGCCCCAGCAACAGCAGCACAACCACCCCAACACGGCCACUGUGGCGCCGUUCAUGUACAGGACGUUCUCGGAGAAUGACUGUACGAUGGUGGCCCCCGUGGACCCCUGCCUCAGUCCCACCAAAGGAGAUCUGGUCUACAGCAAAACCGCCAAACAGUGCCUGGAGGAGAUCUCAGGAGAAGACCCAGAGACACGGAGGAUGAGGACGGUGAAGAACAUCGCAGAUCUGAGACAAAACCUGGAGGAGACCAUGUCCAGCCUGAGAGGAACACAGAUCACACACAGCACCCUGGAGACGACCUUUGACUCCACGGUAACCACAGAGGUGAACGGGCGCUCCCAGCUGCCCCUCUCCUCCAGGGCCUCCCCCAUGUCGUGGCGUCUGGGACAGUCCCAAACCCCCAGACUGCAGGCCGGGGACGCGCCCUCUAUGCCCAGUGGGUACGCUGUGCCCCGAGGCAGCUCCGCCACCACUGCAGCCACCGGGGGGCGCUACAGCGGCCACGCCGACUCAUCCAGAUACAUGGCAGACAGCGGGCUCAAUCUUUACGGUCGAAACUCUGGUCGCUCCUCGGACUCUGCUUCUUCUCAGAGACUCAGCAAAGACGUACCCGGAGACAUCGACAGUUGGGACGACAGCAGUUCUGUGAGCAGCGGCCUGAGCGACACUUUGGACAACAUCAGCACAGACGACGUGAACACUCCGGCCUCGUACACCGGGGGCAGCAGCGCGCAGAGGAAGAGCAAAGCGGGACAGUCCCAGAGAGGCAGCCGGUCGAAGCAUGCAGAGUCAGAGGUGAGCAGUAGCUGGGCCGGAGCAGAGGACCUGAAGAAGGUGGAGGAGGAGCAGGACGGAGGAACCAUGGACCAGAGCGGCGGAUCUCAGAGAUGGAAGCCCACGGCGGCAUCUCCCUCUGCCCAGACACAGACCCACCAGGCCCACCAGACCCACCAGACCCACCAGACCCACCAGGCCCACCAGACCCACCAGACCCACCAGGCCCACCAGGCCCACCAGGCCCACCAGGCGCAGUACGAGGAGCAGGGCCAGAAGGGGGCAGCACUGGGGCAGGUGUCUCAGACUGGCUCCUGGAGAAGAGGGAUGAGCGCUCAAGUUGGAAUCACUCCACCGAGAACCAAAACCCCAUCGGCUGCGCUCAAAACAACAGGUAAAACCGAUGACGCCAAAGCUUCAGAAAAAGGCAAAGCUUCGUCAAAAUCUGCUUCUGGAAUCCAGCGCUCCCCAUCGGACGCCGGCAAGAGCAGCGGAGACGAGGGCAAGAAACCCCCGUCCGGCAUCGCGCGCCCGCCUGCGUCCACCUCGUUCGGGUUCAAAAAGCUCCCUGGACCUUCCGGAACUCUCAUCACCUCCAGCGGCGCGACGUUGGCCAGCGGUUCGGCCACGCUGGGGAAAGCCCCGAAGUCCCAAUCCGCUCUGGGCAAAGGAACGGCGAUCGUCGGCGCGCGGAAAACGAGCUUGGACGGAUCCCAGCCUCAAGACGACGCCAUUUUGAUCAGCUGCGGGGGAUCCAAAAUGUCGCUUCAGUACCGCUCGCUUCCAAGACCGGCGAAAUCGUCCAGCGGUGUCGCGUCGAGGAGUUCGCACCGCUCCAGCUCGAGUAGCAUAGAUUCAAACGUUAGUAUAAAAUCGGGAACCCAAGCUGCAGGCGCCAAGAGACGAGACAGCGGUAAAGUCUGUUCGGAUCGCUCCAGUCCGAUCACCAUCAGCCAAACGGAGAACAGCAAAGUGUCAGACCAAGAAAAUACUUUGGCCGGACUGUCAACGUCACCAAAGUCGAGCCCUACCUCUUCGGGACAAUCCAGUCUGAGGCAACCGGGGUCCAAGUAUCCGGACAUCGCCUCUCCAACGUUUAGAAGACUGUUCGGCUCCAAAGCGAGCAGCAAGGCCAGCACCCCCGGGACCCCCGACUCCGGCCCCCACGGGACCCUGGUGCGGCAGCCCAGCCUGGACUCUCCCUCGUCGGGCACGGGGAGUCUGAGCGCGGGGGCUAGCGGAGGCAGCAGCCCUCUGUACGGUAAAGGUCUGGAGCUGUGCAGUGACUCCUCCGGCCUGUCCCUGCCCUCGGCCUCUCGGGUCUGGAACAGUAAAGACACUCUGAGCUGCCAGAGCAUGAGCAGUCUCCACACCAGCUCCGAGUCCAUAGACCUGGGCCUCCACCAGGGCACUAAAGUGUCCCGCACCGGCAGUGUCAAGUCCACCCUGUCUGAGGGCAUGCCCCUGGACAGAAACACUCUGCCUAAAAAGGGACUCAGGUACCCCCCUUCGUCUCGUCAGGCCUCACACGAAGAGGGGAAGGAGUGGCUCAGGUCCCACUCCACCGGGGGGCUACAGGACACGGGGCAGUCCCCAAUGUCUCCACCGGGGGCAGCGUGUAACAACGCCGGAAAAUACCACUACUCCAACCUAUGUAAGGAAACACAGCUCUGCACAAGCAAUGUGAGUCCGACCAGCGGGGGGCAGUACGUGGCUCCCGGCUCCAGCAGCAUGAGCAGGUCCAACAGUAUCCCGGCCCAGGACUCCUUCGACCUGUACGGAGAGGGACACCCGCUAGGGGGCAGCGCCACCUCCCUGGAGGACAGACCCCGGGCCAUCAGCCGCUCGGGGUCGUUCAGGGACAGCACCGACGAAGUUCACGGCUCCUCUCUGUCUCUGGUCUCUAGCACCUCCUCACUCUACUCUGCUACGGAGGAGAAGGCGCAUUCAGAGGGCCAAACUGUUCCAAACACUACGCAAAUCCGAAAGCUUCGCCGGGAGCUGGACGCGUCUCAGGAGAAGGUGGCGACCCUCACGUCUCAGCUGGCUGCUAAUGCCCAUCUCGUAGCAGCGUUCGAGAAGAGUCUGAGUAACAUGACGUGUCGACUGCAGAGCCUCACCAUGACAGCAGAGCAGAAGGAGUCAGAGCUGGCGGAGCUGAGGGAGACCAUAGAGAUGUUAAAGACACAGAACACAGACGCACAAACAGCCAUCCAGGUGGCUCUGAACGGCCCCGACCACCUGCACAAAGAUCUGAGGAUCCGGCGGCAGCAGUCGUCUGAGAGCAUGUCCAGUAUUAACAGCGCAGCCAGUCACUCCAGUCUGGGCAGUUUGAGCAAAGACGCAGAGGACAAGAAGAAGAAGAAGAAGAACUGGGUGGCAGACUCCAUCCCCGCUCAGUUGCGCAGCUCGUUCAAGCACGCGUUCAGCAAGAAGAAAACCAAGUCCCAGUCGGCUCACGAUGAGAUGGAGGAGAUGAGCGACUCUCUGCCCUCUUCGCCCAAACUGCAGCACGAUAACAGACAGGGCAGCAUCGCCACGCUGCGCUCCUCCCCCUCCACCACAGAGUUGUGCGAGUGCACGGAGGCCGAGGCCGAGACGAUCCUGCAGCUGAAGAACGAGCUGAGAGAGAAAGAACUCAAACUCACCGACAUCCGACUGGAGGCUCUGAGCUCCGCCCACCACCUCGACCAGAUCAGAGAGGCCAUGAACCGCAUGCAGAACGAGAUCGAGACUCUGAAGGCGGAGAACGACCGUCUGAAGUCCAGUGGAAACGCGACCCCCACAGCCACCCCGGUGAAAACAGCCCGGCCCCCCUCUGAGACCUCCAGCACCUCCUCCUCCUCCUCACGCCAGAGUCUGGGCCUGUCCCUCAACAACCUCAACAUCACAGACACCAUCAUGUCAGACACUUUUCUGAUAGAUGACAGCUUCGAGGGGAAUCUGCGCAAAGAAGGACGGAGCGUGAGGAUCGUGGUAUCCAUCUGCAGCGCGCCCAAGACCACCAAGGGUAAACUGUGUCAGGAGUAUCUGAUCGGAUCAAUCGGUGUGAGCGGGAAAACCAAAUGGGACGUUCUGGAUGGAGUCAUCAGACGCCUCUUUAAGGAGUAUGUGUUCAGAGUGGACCCCAGCAGCAGUCUGGGCCUGAGCUCAGACAGUAUUGUGUGUUAUCGGAUGGGGGAUGUGGUUCGCUCUCACUCGUCUGAGGUCCCGGAGCUGCUGCCCUGCGGAUACCUGGUGGGCGACAGCAACGUCAUCCAGGUCAACCUCAAAGGAGUGAGGGAGAACAGUUUGGACAGCCUGGUUUUCGAUACUCUGAUCCCAAAGCCGAUUCUCCAGCGUUACCUGAACCUCCUGAUGGAGCACAGACGGAUCAUCCUGUCUGGACCCAGCGGCACGGGGAAGUCUUUCCUCGCUGCCAAACUGUCCGAGUACGUGAUCUACCAGCUGGGACAGGAGCCCACCGAGCUCAACAUAGCACGGUUCAACGUCGACCACAACUCCAGCAAAGAGCUGCGUCAGUACCUGUCCAGUCUGGCAGAGCAGUGUAACUCCGAGGACACGGCCCCACACCUCCCCCUGGUGGUCAUCCUGGAUAACCUGCACCACAUCGGCUCCCUCAGCGACAUCUUCAACGGGUUCCUCAACUGCAAGUACCACAAAUGUCCGUACGUGAUUGGGACGAUGAACCAGGGCGUGUCGUCAUCGCCAAACCUCGAACUACAUCACAACUUCAGGUGGGUGCUGUGUACGAACCACACGGAGCCGGUGAAAGGGUUUCUGGGACGUUUUCUUCGGAGGAAACUGAUCGAGACGGAGAUCGAUAAAAACAUGCGAAGCAACGACCUCAUCAAGAUCAUCGACUGGGUCCCGAAAACAUGGCAGCACCUCAACUGCUUCCUGGAGGCUCACAGCUCCUCUGACGUCACUAUCGGCCCCCGUCUCUUCCUGUCCUGUCCCAUGGAUGUGGAGGGCUCCAGAGUCUGGUUCACUGAUCUGUGGAACUACUCCCUGGUGCCGUACCUCCUCGAGGCUGUGAGGGAGGGACUACAGUUGUACGGAAAGCGUGCGGCCUGGGAGGACCCGUCCAAAUGGGUGAAUGACACGUACCCCUGGAGCGCCCCCUGUCUGCAGCAGGAGGGACAGUCUCUGCUGCAGCUCAGACCUGAGGACGUGGGGUACGACGGGUACAGCUCCUCCAAAGAGGGGGCUUCAUCUAAACAGGUGUCCCAGAGCGACACAGAGGGAGACCCACUGAUGAACAUGCUGCUGCGUCUCCAGGAGGCGGCGAACUACUCGAGUACUCAGAGCUGUGACAGCGACAGCACCAGUCAUCAUGAGGACCAGCUGGACUCAUCCCUGGAGUCUGCCCUGUGAGUCCACCUGCGCCAGGAGGACUGGUCUAACUGCGUCAGGGGAACUAGUCUAUCUGCAUGAGGAGGACCACUCAGUUACCAGAACUAAUCAAUCUAAUCCACCAUGAAGCCCGGUCCACAUGGCGAUAAUAAUUCUACCUGCGUCAUGAGGAUCAGCUGGACUCAUUCCUGAAGUUUGCCCUGUGAGUCCACCUGCGCCAGGGGGACUAGUCUAACUGCACCAGAGGGAACACUCCACCUGCGCCAGGGGGACUAGUCUAACUGCACCAGGGGGACUAGUCUAACUGGGCCAGGGGGACUAGUCUAACCUGCACCAGGGGGACUUGUCUAACCUGCACCAGGGGGACUAGUCUACUGCACCAGGGGGACUAGUCUAACCUGCACCAGGGGGACUUGUCUAACCUGCACCAGGGGGACUAGUCUACUGCACCAGGGGGACUAGUCUAACUGCACCAGGGGGACUAGUCUAACCUGCACCAGGGGGACUAGUCUAACUGCACCAGGAAAACCGGUCCACAAGAGGAUAAUAAUUCUACCUACACCAUGAGGACCUGCUGAAGUCAUCCCUGAAGCCUGCUCUGUGAGUCCACCUGCAUCAGGGGGUCUAGUCUAACCCGCGCCAGAAGGACUAGUCCAUCUACAUUAGGACCUAUAACCUGCAUGAGGAGGCCUAGUCCAUCUUCGUCAGGGGGACUAGUCUGAAUCACCCAGGAAGAUCAGUCCACUAGCGUAAUAUAAUUCUACCUGCAUCAUGAGGACCAGUUGGACUCAUCCCUGAAGUGUGAUCUGUGAGUCCACCUGCACCAGGGAGACUCGUCCAUCUACUUUAGGACCGGUAACCUGCAUGAGGAGGCCUAGUCCAUCAGUUUGUAGUGAAAUCCAGUUGGAGCCGAGUCUUGUUCCAAAAUGGGACCUAAAUCAGAAACUUUAAGACCUCAGUCAACAACACACAGCGCCAAAGGUUUAUAUGAAAAGUUUGUGCUGUAAUUACAAAGGCAUCAGAUCGCAAAGAGUUAUAUCCAAUUCCACCAAUCAUCAGAAAAGCUGGGUAGCCAUUUCAUACUGGAGGCUUGAACCAAAAAACUUUUAGUUAGAGGGCUCAGUUAUUUAGUACCUGUGCAAGUAAUUUCCUCUAUAAACAUAUUAAACUACAGCUUCACCAUAUAAACUUUGGCGUUGUAUGUGACAAAAGCGGUUGACUACUACGUUGUGCUGUCGACACUGUUCAGUUGCUCGUCGAGAAAACUACGGAAACUGGAUUUUUUUCAACUUAAUCCCAGUUAUGUUUUAUAUUUUAUCUCCUAAUGUUUACAAAGAGGGCAGAUUUUGUUGACUUUGUUUACAGAAGUGAAGUUCAAAUGCACUUAAAUAUUAAAGGGAGGCGGGCGCGGGUGUGACAUUAAUCUUAAAUCAGGUUGCGUUCUCGUUCUUGAAUUCCGUGAUGUCAGAAGAUCAAAUGGAGGACAGUGUAUUGGCAAGAAGACGAUAUUUUUAAGUAAUAUCCAAAGAGAAAAUCUGAAAAUGUUGAACCUGGUGAUGUCAUGUUGGCAAUUUGGUCCACAAACUUUAUCUUGUGGAUUAAUUAUUUAUUUUGCGUUGAAAGAAAUGGCAUUAAAUUUGGUUGCAGUUUUUGAGAAUUGCAUUUUGGAACUUAAAAUAUCCCCACAUCUCAUUGCUAAAUUUCAUAUGAUAUCAAAAUAUUCUAGAGGUGUAUAAUCUUUAAAGAAACUGUAGCUGAUUUUACUGUCUCGAAGAAAAAAGAAAAAAAAAGCAUGCUAACAGCUUACUUCCUGGCUCUCAGAGGAUAAAACGCUUUUUAAAUUAGAUUUAGAUACACAACAGUCUCAUUUUGACCCUAAGAGCUUCUUUUUAUUUACUUUUUUUUUUUUACAAUAUAUCGGUACUUUAUUACAGGGGUCCCCAACCCCCAGGCCGGGGACUGGUACCGGGCCGUGGGUCAUUUGGUACCGAAUCACAAAAGCACGAACCCCACCACCCCCAUAUGUCGCAGGCCACGCCUCUAAACCAGAACUAAAAGCAGAACUAAAACCAGGACUAAAACUAGGACUAAACCAGGUCUAAACCAGGUCUAAUCCAGGUCUAAUCCAGGACUAAAGCAGGUCUAAACCAGGACUAACACAGGACUAAAACAGGUCUAAAACCGGUCUAAACAUGGUCUAAACAUGGUCUAAACCAGGUCUAAACCAUGUCUAAACCAGGUCUAAAACAGGUCUAAAACAGAUCUAAAACAGGACUAAACCAGGUCUAAACUAGGUCUAAAACAGGACUAAAACUGGUCUAAAACAGGUUUAAACCAGGUCUAAAACAGAUCUAAAACAGGUCUAAACUAGGUCUAAACCAGGUCUAAAACAGGUCUAAAACAGAUCUAAAACAGGACUAAACCAGGUCUAAAACCAGCCCACUCCAGUCCGCGAAAUAUUGUUGGAUAUAAAACCAGUCCAUGGCUCAAAAAAGGUUGGGGAUCCCUGCUUUAUUACAUUAAAAUUAAGUACAGCCUCUUUAAUUCUCUUGGCAGUUUCUUAGUCUUGGUGAAAUCACUACUAUGGUUCACCGUUUUUUGGAUUUUCCUUUUGGCUAUUUCAAUACAACAGAAUAAUACAAAGCUGCCUCGUGGUUGCACUCUUUAAACAACCAGUGGGAUCUUUCGGACAGUUACGACAUCACCCGAUCGCAGCCAAUCGAACGCCCUCGGCUCGGUCCCGUUUUGGUGCUGUGCGGUUCUAUGGGCCCCGUGUGAUCUGGGGACUACUGCCAAUACACUCGAAACCCUCAAACACAAGCACAACCAACCAGUAUACAGUCUGUUAGCUGUAACGUCCCUCAUGUGUGUUACUGUGAACAACAACGGACAAGUGCCAAUGUUUCUUUAAAGGGCCCGUAUUACGCUCUUUUAAGAUGUUAUAAUGUUGUUUUCCUCGUCGCAAACAGACCUGGAGUUGUGUUUUGUUUCGUUCUCACGUUUAACACACAAACCCGGCAGAUUUAGGCUGAGUUCCACCUCGUGAUGUCACAUGAAGGAAGAUGAAUAACGGCUUUUAUUGUCUUCACGUGUACUGGACAUACAAAGGAAUCAAAAUUGGACCUGUCACCUAGCCUAGUGCCUCCGCUCAAUUUCAUUUUUCUCCAGCGACUUGGGUCAGGAAUCGGAAUACACUAGACGGUUCGCAAAAACCCCGGAAGUGCAAGUCCGGGCAUCAGCCAAUCAGCGAAGAGACAUAUAUUCUGUGUUGGCAACGAUUCCCGAGAUCGAGGAUUUAAAGCCGGAACAAAGAGAAUGUUCUGUGAAUUUUAUCAAGGGGAAAGACAUUAUUGUUCUUCUUCCUAUGGAACUUGGCGCAUUACAUACAUCACGACCAAAUAACAGUGACUGGUUAAAUUUAAAAAAGUACCCACCUACUGUCGAGCGAACAAAUCCUAUUUUCUACGAAGUGAAACCGUCUGAUGAAUCAGGCUGCCUGUCAACACACAAUAUAAUAUGACAUGGGGAGACUAGACGUGGACCAGACUGGUACACAGGUAGCAAAUAGGAAAGUGGGUAACAUUAAGAAGUUGCCGAUACAAUACAUACCUCGAUACUUAGGCCACGAUAUUCUACAUAUCUCUAUACAGUGCACUUUUAGUUCGAUACGAUAUAUUUGAAAUCGAUUCGAUACGGUUCAAUAAAAACUAAGUCUAAGUCAUGGCUGUGAUACUAAAAGUCUUUGUUAAACCACUUCUUUUGCAAAGUUCAUAUAAAACACAAACAUUUUAAUGAUCAAAACAGUGAAAAUGUCAAAUGUGUCGCAUAAAUGAGUUUCCUAAACAAACGACAAAACUGUAGCUCUGUAACAAAAUAAUUGUGUAAAAUAUACAAAAAUAUACUCUUGGUGAUAUAUCGAUACAGCAGUCCAUGAUAUCGAUACUGUAUCAUCACAUUAAACCCCUAAUGCAGCAUAACAUGAGGAUAUGGGGAGGAGAAAAAAAGAGAACCACCCCCAGACCAUGCUCCUGUUGGGGGCAAGUACACAAAAAAACAACACCUCCGCGACAUACAAAUAUUUCCACAGGUGUAGCAACUGGGUAGGAUAGGGGUGUGGAAAUAAUCCAACGUAGACAGGCAGCAAUAGGAAGCGCUCUACUGUGUUUUUAAACUCCACACACCUUCAUUAGAAUCAUUUGGAUGUUUUCAGCGCGUAAUUGCUGAUCUCUACUGAACUAAAGGUAAAAUGAGCUGUUAACUUAAAAAAACUACCGCUUCGUGACAUCACAAGGUGGAACUGGGAUUUCGAAAACACAGAGGACGUCAGACCUUCAGGGUAUUUUAGUUAAAAGUCCGCAACAGGUGCUCCUCAAGGAUAAGGCUCAGAAGCUACAGACAGUGAAGAUGACCAGGCUUGUAAUGUAAAAACGAUAAAAGCGAUAAAGUAAAAAGCGGUCAAAAAGUCCGAGGUACUCUGUUUGAAUUAGAAUAAACAUCCUUUAAUGGUUUUGACACAUGUGGGGUCUUCGUCAGGGCAUAUAAAGAGGAUUUUGAGCAAACUGAUAAUAAAGUGUUACUCAAACAUGUGUGAAUGAAACAAAAAAAAACAAAAAAACACAACUCCAUGUCUGUUUUUGAGGAGGUUUUUGAGGUUAUAACAUGACUUAAAGCUCAUAAGAGUCAAUUUUGUGUAAUAUAGGACCUUUAAAGCUGCACUGUGUAACUUUUCUGGUGGAGGGUAUGCCACAUUCUUGUCUCCAUGGAGAUAUUUACUAUCUACUUACUUGAAUUACCAAGAAAUACCUGCAUGCGAUCGAACCGUAACCUCCUCAUCUCCGCGGUGAUACAGAGUAAUGCCACACUGAAGAACAUUCCUGGCAAAGCAGUAGCCAUGGAGACACGCAAGCGAGCGGCAUACCCUCGGCUAGAAAUGUCACACGGUGCGUCUUUAAGUUACUGCCAAAUAUGCACAGCCGCUGACACGAUUCUAGUCUGUUACAUCUUUACUAUGGCUCAUGCUGGCUUGUUCUUUUUGCACUUGCUACAGAACUGAAUGAGAGAAGUCAACCAAAACAGAAUAUUUUUCAAGCCAAAACUGUAGAAUUUAACUUUAAAAUAGAAGUAGAAACAUAUACAUAGUUUAGUCAUAGAAAAUUAUACUACAAAAGUUAAAAAGUAUAUCGUGAAAGGUACAGUUACAGUGUACGCCAAAUGCUACUAUGCACUUGUGAAUACAACGUCCUUGGUUUUCUUUUGGCUCUUUUCACGCUGAUUACCGAAAAACGUUUGGAAACACGCGGAUGACGACUUGACGACGGUGUAGUUCCCAACACUGGGCAUGUUAUAAAACCGUGGAUUCAGCAGCAGCGUCUUCACAACCUGUCAAAGCUUUUCCACGGCGGACGGGACACUAAUCUCGUCAUCGAAGUCGCUUACAGAGAGCUGAUCGUAACUGCCGAACAUAAAGGAACGGUACAAUCACAUCUUAGUCCAGUGACGUUCGUUUGGUCUUCCGAUAAUUUAUGUUUUUAGGUUCUUUUAUCAGACCAAGAGUUUGUUUGCGUACCUGACAGUUUCGACUUCCUCAGAGUGCUCACGUGAUGGGAUCAUUUAAAGAGGUUUUGGCGCCGUCUUCCUACUGGUGGAGGCAGGACGAUGGCGCCACCUGCAGUCCGACUUCAUCAGGACAGUAUCCCAGGUGUGGUGACAUUACCGUACAUCAGGGGCAUAACAGAAAAAGUGCAGAGGGCGAUGAGAAAACACACAAGUGAAACCAUAUAGAAAACUCAGGCGAUUACUCGGCCACCCAAAAGCCAAAACAGAAGCAGAGUAUAAAUGUUACGUCAUAUACAAAAUACCCUACACGUCCUGCAAUAGAACAAACAUCGGGGAAACAGUCCACGAAAAAAGAAACACAGAACGUGAGAAGGAAACAGCGAAGGCGAAACACAAAGCAGAACAGGAACGACUCAAAUCAGCUGUUUCUGAGUACUGUAAAAGAGAGCAAAUAUCAUUAAGGAAAACAAACACCAUUGCUGGAUUAAAAGAGGCAAUCGAAAUACGGAAACAUGCCCUUGGGACUAUGAACCAGGACGAGGGGGCUCUUUUACUCUCACAUACUUGGGAUACUGUCCUGAGGAAGUCGGACUGCAGAUGGCGCUGUCAUCCUGCCUCCACCGGUAGGAAGACAGCACAAAAACCUGUAAAAAUCAGCUGAGCGACACAUCACAGAAACAUCACUUGACCACUCGAAAGUUUCAGGUAUCAAUCAGUAAUUUAUAAAAGGAAAAAAAACGAAAGAAUACAAUGACAUUUGGAUUUAAAAAAAAAAACUGGACAUUUUCUCAGCUUUCCCAGAUUUUGUCAGCAUUUCUUUCACCAACAGAGCCCAAAAAAAGUCGUCAUCCGCAUGUUUCCAAACGUCUUCCCUUUUUUGUGACGUAAACAUGAACAGAGCCCAUGACGAGAAAUUCGGGACGUUGCCAUAGCGAUUGACGAUUUAAAACAAAAAAGUACUAUAUAUCUGGAUCGAAUGGGAAUAAAUAUCUGAGUUAUAGUGGAUCUUUGCCGGAAGCUGAAAACUGCGAAUUUCGUAUCUAAAAUGUUAAAUCUUCGGGAGAUAUUUUGCUUUGAAAUGCAAGAAAAUUAAACGUUGGCUUGUAUGGGAUUUAAUUUUAAUUUCCAUCUUAAACCAAACAUCUCGGGAAGAAUUUGUCUCUCCCCAUCCUCCAAAACGUAAAAAUUUAAGUAAUACAUUUUUUUUUCAUACUUAUCUGGUUCUAAAUAUUACCAGACAUUUUAUACAUAUAUUGGUCCUCCUUCAUCUUGAGAGGAUGUAGAGGAGCAGCGACUCUACCCCAAGCUCCACUGUCUCAUCACCCACCUUCGUAACGGUCAAAAGUCCUCAAAAUGGCGCCUAUAAAGAGGAAUCUGUGCCACUUUGAAGUCCACAAAGUCUUGAAAUCGUCCUCGUAACUAUUUUAUGCAUACGUGGUCCAGGCGGUACCAAAAAAAAAAAAGAAAAAAUCAACAAACUUCGGACGAUUUAAACGAAAUGUACGUUGACGAAAAGGUGAUAGAGUUUAACGAUAAUGGUGCUUUUCCACUGCCUUAAAAGUGCACACGUUUCGGAUGGACACCUGUUUGCAGUGAUGAAAAAAUGCUCAAAAAUCUACUUCCUGUUUUGUCUAUGAUUGUAACGGACAUUUCCUCCCCGCUUCCUCUUUCGUGUGGUCACCUCGGGCUGUCGCGAGCGGCCGAUGUAAUGUACAAAUGUUUUCGAAACGUGGGGGUAACCUUGUUUUUUCUAAUUCUGUUUUUUUUUUUUUUUUUGGCCCAGUUGAGCUGGGUUCACCUAUGAGCACAAAAGUGUGGGUCUCGUUUUUUCUAUAGCCUGAGAAGCAUGUUUUUUCGCUUUAUAACGGGGCUGCAUUCAGAAAAAGACCUUUACUCAUAAUAUAAAUAUAUGUAUGCGUGUAUUUGGAGGGAAGCCAUUUUGAAUUUUGUUUUUAUCAAAGGGUUGCACAGGUGGGGGAGGGGCUGUACAUAGUCUAAGUCUUGCACAGUGAAACGAAAGAUGCAUUUUGCCCUCGUCGAUGUUUAAGAUAUAAGUAAAUUAUUGUGAGAGAAAAAACAAAAUGGAGGUGUGUGUUUGGGUGGGAGUUUCGGGGAACAGCGGAUAUGUACAGUUCAAAUAAUGUACCAGAGGAUAGAAUCUGUGUGUCAGUCGUUCAUUCGGUUUUGAAAGUAAAACCAAAAAUAAGAAAACAGAAAAAAAAAACUAUUUUCUUCAUUAUUUGUCGCCAAAACCAAAAUGAAAAAACGGAUAACGCCCGUUUCCUGUUUACGUGACUUAAACUGUGAUGCCGCAUACGGACUGAACCAGGACUGAACCAGGACUAAACUAGGACUAAACCAGGACUAAACUGUUUUCAGUCCUGGUCUCAGCCCCAGUCUGGACCCGGUCUCAGUCCCGAUCUCAGUCCAGGUCUGCUCCCUGGUCUGGUUCCGGUCUGGUCCUGGUUUCAGUCUCAGUCCCAGUCGCAAUCAUGGUCUGGUCCUGGUCUGGUCUUGGCCUCAGUCCUGGUCUGAGUCCCGGUCUGAGUCCCGGUCUGAGUUCCGGUCUGAGUCCUGGUCUG